AUGGACACCUGGGUGUUGUGGCUCUUGCUCUUGCAAAUUGCUGUCCCGUACCCACAGCCCGUGGGUGAUGGCUUGGACGAGGUGACACGUCUGCGAACGGAGGUGCGUGCCAAGCUCCGGGAAGAGGAGACGAUUGGUCUGGAGCGGGAGGUGGAGCAGCUGGUCCUGAAGCAGGGUGCCUGGGCCUGGGGAGACCUGCUCUGCUCUGCCUGGCAGCACUGGCAGGUCUGGGCUCUUGCUGGGCUCCUGCUCCUUCUCCUGGCACUCUGGUAUUGGGGGAGGAAAAGGAGCCUGAGGAGAGAGGAGCGUGAAGAAGGACAUGGUGGUGGGAAUGAAGAGGGAGUCGAAAUUGUGGAUGCAAAUGAAGAAGAUGUCGGAAAUGAAGAGGAAGGAGACAUCGAAAUUGUGGAUGCAAAUGAAGAAGAUGUCGGAAAUGAAGAGGAAGGAGACAGUGACCUGGAUGGGGAGGAAAGCGACAGUGAUGAUGGCCGGGCCCAGGAGGUCGACAAUGCUGCUGCGAAUGAAGAACGUGAUGGUGCUGCGAAUGAAGUUGGCCAUGAGGCUGCAAAUGCAGCAAACGCCAAUGAUGCUGGAAAUGAAGUGGAACAAUACCGCCAUCGUGCCGAUAACUUUGGAAGGAUCGUGAUGGAGCGCAUACAGUGGCCUGUGCAGGACCUGCAGGAAGGAUGCACAUGGACAAGAACCCUGAUGGAGCAUUUUGCAAUUUACUUUCGACGGGUCUUGUCCAACAGUUUCUAUCCGGUGCUGCAAGGAGCUAUCGGGGUGGGCAGUGCCUUCGAAGGUUGGAGUCCCCGUGAGCAGGAUGUUGUGUACCAGGUGCUCAUACCCAUGACACCUCCUCGAGGGCACAGCUUCCACCUAGAGCUGGGCACUGCAGGGCAGAGGCGCCUGAGGAACUUCCACGUCCGCGUGCAGCAGGAGUGCACCUGCACCAGGGAGCAGCAGGAUAAGAACAUGCUGUGCUUCCUGCACCACCCUGAGGAGGAGCUCAGGAGGUGUCAGGAUCCCAGCCUCCUUCAUACCCUGUGCACGGGCUCCUACCUGGACGUGGAGAAAACUGCCCGCUGGUUCUACCAACUGGUGAGAGCAAUCUGGCCGGCUUUGCUUGAGUCACACCGUUGGCAUUUAGUGCUGCUGCCCUCCAGACGCUCUUGCCAGUUGAAGGUGACCAACGGCAGAGAAAGCUACCGGAUCGAGCUGCUGUUUGGGGUGCGGCAAGGCAACUCAGACGUCUUUGUCAGCAGUCAGCCGAGGCAAGCCCACACCUCAAGCACAAUCUGGCCGGAGAGCUACGCCGUGGCCGAGAUGAAGUUCUUCAGGUACAUCGCCAGGCGGGCCCCCCCUGACAGCUUGCACCUGAAAUGCCUGCAGUUCUUCACUCGUCUUCAGCUGGGCUUGGGCUUCUCCACCUAUACCAUCAAGACCAUUGUCAUGCACAUGCUGAGCGUCUUACCCGCGUCACAGUGGCGCAGGAGGCAUUUUGUGAGGCGGCUGAUGGAUAUCAGCGAGAGCCUGCGCACAUGUGUGGAAAUGAGACACCUCAAUCACUUCAUUGUGGGCAACCAGAGGCUUCCUCAGGGGAUCAGCUUGCCCCCAGAGGUCCUAAUGGCCCGGUCACGCAAUCUCUUCCACGACCUGGAGAUGGAUCCGGUUGCCCACUCCCAGGCAGUGAGCCAGUACGUGGAUCUGCACCACUGGCUCAAACGAAUCCUUAAAAAUGAGCAGUGA